GGUGAAAUAAUUGUGAAUGAAGUGAACUUUGUCAGGAAGUGCAUCGCAUCAGAUACAAGUGUCUACGACCUGUGGGGAAAACUGGUGUGCACCAACUUCAAGCUUUCCUUCAUUACAGAUAAUUCUGUGCCGUUCCAGAAAUUCCACUAUAAGAAUCUCCUACUGGGUGAACAUGAUGUCCCACUAACGUGUAUAGAGCAAAUUGUUGUAGUAAAUGACACAAAGAGAAAGCAGAAGAUCCUGUCAUUCAACAAAAAGUUGAAAUUCAACCCAACAGAGUUAAUCAUUUAUUGUAAAGACUUUCGCAUUCUCCGAUUUCGCUUUGAUGAAUCUGGUCCAGAAAGUGCAAAAAAGGUAUGUCUUGCACUAGCACAUUACUCUCAGCCAACAGACCUCCAGCUUCUAUUUGCCUUUGAGUAUGUUGCCAAGAUGUAUCACAAUCCAGUGGAUAAAAUCAAUGGUGUCGAUCCAGGAGGUGGAGGAGAUAAUGGUUCAAAAACACCACUAUUUGAAACUUUCUGUGACUGGGAUCGAGAGAUUAAGCGAACCAGAGCCACUGACUGGAGAGUGUGUUCUGUAAAUGAAGGCUACAUGAUCUCAAAAUGCCUUCCAGAAUACUUUGUUGUUCCCUCCUCUUUGGCAGAUACAGAUCUCAAGCAGUAUUCAUACUCGUUUUUUGGAAGACGCAUGCCACUGUGGUGCUGGAACCAUUCUAAUGGAAGUGCACUUGUGAGGAUGGCGAGCAUCAAGGACCUGUUACAUCAACGCAAAAUAGACCAAAGGGUUUGUGGUGGAAUCACCCGUAGUCACCCACUGAGGAGUGAUGUUUACAAAUGUGACCUAGAUCAUGGCCUCCCAACUAUCCAGGACAUUCAGGGCGCUUUCAACAAGCUCAAGCAGUUGUGUGUAAAUGAACCAUAUGAAGAAACAGAGGAGCGGUGGUAUUCUUCCCUGGAAAAUACACGAUGGCUGGAGUAUGUCAGGGUGUUUCUGAAGCAGGCAGCUGAGCUGGUCUAUGUCAUGGAUUCCAGGAGACUUUCUGUUGUCAUUCAAGAAGAGGAAGGUCGGGACCUCAGUUGCCUGGUGGCCUCUCUAGUCCAGCUGAUGUCAGACCCGUAUUUCCGGACCACUGUUGGAUUUCAGAGUCUCAUACAGAAAGAGUGGGUCAUGGCUGGGUAUCCAUUCCUUGAUAGGUGCAACCACUUGAAAAGAUCUGACAAAGAGUGUCCCCUGUUUGUGCUAUUCCUGGACUGUGUUUGGCAGAUGCAAGCGCAAUACCCAGCAGCUUUCCAGUUUACAGAGACCUAUUUAACUGUGUUACAUGACAGCACAUGCAUCUCACUCUUUGGAACAUUUCUCUUCAACUGUCCUCACCAGCGUGUUCAGCAAAGUACAGAGUUUGCUAUAGGGAAAAAUAUUCAGCUGGGGGAUGAAAAAGGCCUGAAAUUCCCCUCUGUGUGGAACUGGUCUCUGCAGUUUUCAGCAAAGGAUCGCACUCUGUUCAAUAAUCCUUUGUACAUUGGAAAGAGCGUGCCCAACGUUCAGAAUGGAAAUACUAAGUUUUUUAAAAGGACAAAGCACUGGGGAACCCAGACAACACGAAGUGUUCCAGAACAGUCCCAUCUGAGUGUCAAACCAAAUAAAAACUACAGUUCUACGUUACGAGGGAUGCCAGUUUCCCUGAAGAAUGGUCUUCUUCCCCAGCCAGAGAUCAUGCCACGUAGGAACUCUUUGAUACUGAGGCUGAAGCCUGAAUUUGUUCACCAUGUGCCAGAAAUCCAGAACAAUGGACUAGAACAAUACAUCAGAGACUGGUUUUCGAAGCCAGUAGACCUCCAUGGAGUCUUGUUACCAAAGUUAAAUGGGCCAGAUAUAAAACUGUGGAAGCUCUGCUACCUUCGAUGGGUUCCUGAGGCUCAAAUUACUCAUGGUGGCUUUAUCACGGCUUUCCAUAAAAUUUCCGUACUAGCAGAUGAAAUUGAAAUGCUGCAGACAAGCCUCCGUCAGUACCGAUCCUACCCACUGUCUCAGGCCACUUCCCCAGAAAGCGAACAAAGCAGAAUGUUUUUCCGGGUAGAUGACUUGCACAGUAGCUAUGAAAGUUUGGACUUCCUAUCUUCCUCUUUCCCUUUCUCUCCAGUCGGGAACAUGUGCCGCCGUAGUAUAUUGGGGACUCCUUUGAGCAAGUUUUUAAAUGGUGCCAAAAUUUGGCUCUCCACAGAAACACUUGCCAAUGAGGACUGA